CGGCGGCUGCGGAAGCACGCUUCCGGCCAGUGCGUUGGACGUCGGCUGGGCUGCCGCGAGCGCGUCUGUAGUUGGUCGGCGCCUUGUGUGCUCCGCUGGGUCCAGGGCCUUCGCUCGCCGCUCGUCUUACCGGAGGCCUUGACAUGAGCAGCAAAGAAGGAUCAGGAGGGUUCAGGAAAAGGAAGCAUGACAAUUUUCCACAUAACCAAAGAAGAGAAGGGAGGGAUGUUAAUUCAUCUUCACCCGUGAUGCUGGCCUUCAAAUCAUUUCAGCAGGAGCUUGAUGCAAGGCAUGACAAGUAUGAGAGACUUGUGAAACUUAGUCGGGAUAUAACUGUUGAAAGUAAAAGGGCUAUUUUUCUACUCCAUAGGAUUACGAGUGCUCCUGAUAUGGAAGAAAUACUGAAUGAAUCAGAAGUUAAAUUGGAUGGUGUCCGACAGAAGAUACUGCAGGUGGCACAGGAGCUGUCAGGGGAAGACAUGCACCAGUUCCACAGAGCCGUUACUACAGGACUGCAAGAAUAUGUGGAAGCUGUCUCUUUUCAGUACUUCAUCAAAACACGAUCAUUAAUCAGUAUGGAUGAAAUUAAUAAGCAAUUGAUAUUUACAACUGAAGACAAUGGGAAAGAAAAUAAGACUCCCUCUUCUGAUGCACAGGAGAAGCAGUUUGGCACUUGGAGCCUGAAAGUCACACCUGUGGAUUACCUUCUGGGAGUGGCUGAUUUAACUGGAGAAUUGAUGCGGAUGUGUAUUAACAGUGUGGGGAAUGGCGACAUCGACACCCCCUUUGAAGUGAGCCAGUUUUUACGACAGGUUUAUGAUGGAUUUUCAUUCAUUGGCAACACUGGACCAUAUGAGGUUUCUAAAAAGCUGUAUACCUUGAAACAGAGUCUGGCCAAAGUGGAGAAUGCUUGUUAUGCUUUGAAAGUCAGAGGUUCAGAAAUUCCAAAGCAUAUGCUGGCAGAUGUGUUUUCAGUUAAAACAGAAAUGAUUGAUCAAGAAGAGGGCAUUUCUUAGAAUAACGUUACUCAGUUAUUCUUCUGAGAACUCCUAAGAGAGACCAAUUUAUAAGACUGUUGUUUAGUAUUUCAUCUGACUUUAUUGUAGCUUUUACAUAGAAACAUUUUCAGUUGUACUUGUUUUAAAUUGUAUACAAGCUGUAUAUAAAAUUAUCCAACUGAAUCAUUUCUUGUAGUUUAUUCAUGAAAGUCUACAUACAAACAUUUGCCGACUUACCUAUUUGAAUUUUUUGCUGGUUAACCUUCAUCAUUUAUCUUUGUAAUGUGAACAUACUACAUAUUUCAGAAUGCACUUUAUGCCAUAUCUAUAUUAAUUUACUUCUUGUGAAUUUUGGAGUGGUAAUUUUUAGUGGAAGCCACUUAUAAUUUAAGUCGAUGAUUUUGUUACAUAGAGAAAAAAUUUUUUAGUUACAUUUCUGGACUUUUGCUUCCAGUUUAAAUUUCUUGUUACUAUUGUGCCAAGGCUUAGUCUAUGGAAUAAGAAUUAAAAAUUAAUAAUCUGUCAAUAUAUUUUAGGUGCAAGUUUAUGAGGUAUGAUAGUGAAAAUUCACAUUAUAUUUUGGCCAAUUUUAGGUCAUUUUAAAUUUAUAUGAAACAACCUUCCAGAAAAAUUGACAGAUACCCUGAUGUUACUUAUGUUAUUUUCUUCUUUUUUUUUUUUUUUUGUUGUCCCUUGUCAUAGCAGAGCUUCUAACUGUAAUAUUUUCACUGGUAAAGUUGAGCUGAAUUAUAUACUUGUAUAUAACAACUGAAAAGCUUUUAGUAGUGAUUAUUUAGCAAUUUUUUUUUUUUUUUUUUUUUUUUUUAAUAGAGACAGAGUCUCACUUUACUGCCCUCAGUAGAGUGCCGUGGCAUUACACAGCUCACAGCAACCUCCAGCUCUUGGGCUUACGUGAUUCUCUUGCCUCAGCCUCUGGAGCAGCUGGGACUACAGGCGCCCGCCACAACGCCCGGCUAUUUUUUUGUUGUGGUUUGGCAGGGGCUGGGUUUGAACCCGCCACCCUCGGUAUAUGGGGCCACAGGCGCCACCCUAUUUAGCAAUUUGUUGUUGUUGUUCUUAGGCAUGUUUAGAGGCUUUCCUAUUGUAGCAUCUAUCACAAAUUACAUUUAAAUGAUGAAGUUUUGAAGUACUAAGUUAACACAAAUCUUUAUAGGUGUCCCAUUGUGGUAAUUAAUAAAUGAAAGUUGCCAAAGAAAAAAUUAUAAUGUAUAAUUCAGCAGUAAGAUAACUGUCAACACAAUUGAGAAUAACAAGGUAGUCUCUAGUAAUAUUUAGAAGUGGAAUUUGACUAAUGACAUUAGCUGUAGAUUAUCAUUUUGAUGUGAAACUGACUUGAGUAUAACACCAUUGGCGGACAACCAGACUUUCCAGUUGCUUUUGUGAGUUUCGAGAAUCUGGACACUAGAUUUCAUUUUUGGAAAGAUUAGCUCUGUUUGUAAGGGCUGAUUCUUUGAAAGUGUAAUUUUCCAAAAAAAUCACCUAAAGGAAAAUAAACGUGUACAUGCGUAAUAAAUUA